CCUGGGCUCUUGCAAGGGCCCCCUGGGCUCCCUUUGGGGGAUGCUGGCUGGGCCCUCCUCCUCCUCCUCCUCCUCCUCCGGCGGGGAAGCUGCAGCCUGGGGCUGGGCGGCCGAGAUCGAUUGGCUGCCGGCUGGGCAAAAUUCAUGCCUCUUGGUCCAAUCGGAGGAGGAGAAGGAGGCGAGAGCCGGGACCCUCCGCUGCCUCCCUCGCCCUCUGCCUCCCUCCCGGACCGGCUCCCGCCUCCUCCUCCUCCUUCUCCGCCGCCUUUUCCUUUUAGCAGCAUUCCUAUCUUUAUUGCAAUUAUUUCCCCUCCUUUUCCCUUUCCUUCCUCCAGUGGAAGUCAAAAAGCCUCGGGGGCUCCCCAACCUGAGUUCGCCCCCUGGCAGUUUGGGGGGGGGGCUGGGUGCAUCAUCUUCAUCCUCCUCCUCGAGUGAUUCCUCCUCCUCCUUCUCCUCCUCCUGUUCUUCUUCUUCUUGUGUUUUUUGGAGAAGAGGGGACUGUUGCAUUCCUUUGGGCCAAGGAGAGGAAGGAGGGGGGAAACAAAUAAACGAACAAGCCAGAGGCUACCCCCCCCAGCAGACGCCAGGAUUGGAUUGCGCCCCAAAAGGAGAAGACGGGAUUUGGAGCUUAUCUCGGGUCGAAUCCGAUUUAGGGAACACCGUCUGGAUGCGUUUCCCUCGGCGGCCGCCUCGCCCGGGCAAAGGUUUAUUCAUGAUGCUGGAGCUAACAGGAAGGAAUCAUUGUGCCAGUGCAACAGAGUAGAUGCUUAGCAUCCUGCCACUUCUCCUUGGGUAGUGACGUCAGCAUUAAGACAGAAGCAGAACCAAGGGAUGGGCUUUAGGCAGAAAGACUUCCUCGCUGGUUGCAUCUUUGGAAUUGGUGGAUGGUCAGUCUUUUGAGAUACAUACAACAUUCUUUCUUCCUACUACACUAAAGUUACCUGUUGCCCCGUAUUCAAUUUUCCUUGAAUUCUCCGUUCCCCUUCUCCCAACCCAUACACUAUACACAUAUAUUUUUUGGUCAUUUCCUGACUCAUUUGAUUUUUCGGUCUGGCCGUGGAUGAUAGAAGCCUGCUAAUGUUGAUGUAAACCAUGUCAAGGCCAAUGGGACUCUUAUGGCUGCCUUUGAUCUUUACUCCUGUUUGUGUCAUGUUGAAUUCUAAUUUCCUCUUCUGGAUCACUGCUCUGGCAAUACGGUUUACACUUAUUGAUGGACAAGCACAAUAUCCUGUUGUAACCACGAAUUAUGGCAAAAUCCGUGGUGUAAGAACACCCUUGCCCAAUGAAAUCCUUGGUCCUGUGGAACAAUACUUGGGAGUUCCUUAUGCCUCUCCUCCAACUGGGGAGAGACGUUUCCAGCCUCCAGAGCCUCCAUCCUCUUGGACCGGUAUACGGAAUGCCACACAGUUUGCUGCUGUCUGCCCCCAGUACCUGGAUGAGAGAUCGCUGCUUAAUGACAUGCUGCCUGUUUGGUUUACUGCUAACUUGGAUACUGUGAUGACGUAUGUGCAAGAUCAAAAUGAAGAUUGCCUAUAUCUGAACAUCUAUGUGCCCACUGAAGAUGGAGCCAACACAAAGAAAAGCGCAGAUGAUAUUACCAGUAAUGAUCGUGGGGAAGAUGAAGACAUACACGAUCAGAACAGCAAGAAGCCAGUGAUGGUUUAUAUCCAUGGUGGAUCAUAUAUGGAAGGUACAGGGAAUAUAGUUGAUGGCAGCAUACUGGCAAGCUACGGAAAUGUCAUUGUUGUAACCAUCAACUACAGACUAGGGGUUCUAGGUUUUCUGAGCACUGGAGACCAAGCUGCAAAAGGCAAUUAUGGAUUGCUUGACCAAAUACAAGCUUUGCGAUGGAUUGAAGAAAACAUUGGUUCAUUUGGAGGAGAUCCCAAAAGAGUUACUAUUUUUGGAUCAGGAGCUGGAGCAUCCUGUGUUAGUCUGUUGACACUCUCUCAUUAUUCAGAAGGUCUGUUCCAAAAGGCAAUCAUACAAAGUGGAACAGCCCUGUCCAGCUGGGCAGUGAACUACCAGCCUGCCAAGUACACUGCAAUUUUGGCAGAAAAAGUGGGUUGCAACACGUUGGACACAACAGACUUAGUUGAAUGCUUUCGGAAUAAGAACUACAAAGAACUCAUUCAGCAAACAAUCACGCCAGCUACAUACCACAUUGCCUUUGGGCCUGUGAUUGAUGGGGAUGUAAUUCCAGAUGAUCCUCAGAUUCUGAUGGAGCAGGGAGAAUUCCUCAACUAUGACAUAAUGCUAGGUGUAAACCAAGGGGAAGGUUUAAAAUUCGUGGAUGGCAUUGUGGAUAAUGAAGAAGGUGUCUCCCCAAAUGAUUUUGAUUUCUCUGUAUCCAAUUUUGUGGACAAUCUCUAUGGUUAUCCAGAAGGAAAAGACACACUGCGGGAGACCAUUAAAUUCAUGUACACAGACUGGGCAGACAAGGAGAAUCCUGAAACACGGAGGAAGACUCUGGUAGCACUGUUUACUGAUCAUCAAUGGGUGGCACCAGCUGUUGCCACAGCUGAUCUGCAUGCCCAGUAUGGCUCCCCAACAUACUUUUAUGCAUUUUAUCACCACUGCCAGAGUGAAAUGAAACCCAGCUGGGCUGAUUCAGCACAUGGUGAUGAAGUUCCGUAUGUGUUUGGCAUUCCCAUGAUCGGUCCUACUGAAUUGUUUAACUGCAAUUUUUCAAAGAAUGACGUCAUGCUCAGUGCAGUUGUUAUGACAUACUGGACAAACUUCGCCAAAACUGGGGAUCCCAACCAGCCUGUUCCUCAGGAUACAAAGUUUAUCCAUACAAAACCCAACCGUUUUGAAGAAGUGGCCUGGUCUAAAUAUAAUCCAAAAGACCAACUUUAUUUACACAUCGGCUUGAAGCCCAGAGUUCGGGAUCACUAUCGAGCAACAAAAGUUGCUUUUUGGCUAGAACUUGUACCACACUUACACAACUUGAAUGAAAUAUUUCAGUAUGUCUCCACAACAACUAAGGUGCCACCUCCAGAUUUGACAUCGUUCCCUUAUGUUACCAGGCGUUCUCCUGGAAAGUUCACCACCAAGCGUCCAUUAAUGACACCAAGCAACAAUCCAAAGCAUUCAAAAGAUACACAGAAGACGUCCCCAGAGGAUACAAGUGUUCUGAUCGAAAACAAGAGAGAUUAUUCCACAGAGUUGAGUGUUACCAUUGCUGUAGGUGCAUCCCUGUUAUUCCUCAACAUUUUAGCAUUUGCAGCUUUAUAUUAUAAAAAAGAUAAGCGGCGCCAUGAAACACACAGACGUCCCAGUCCUCAGAGGAAUACAACCAAUGAUAUUGCCCAUAUACAGAAUGAAGAGAUUAUGUCCCUGCAGAUGAAACAGCUGGAACACGAUCAUGAGUGUGAGUCCUUACAGGCCCAUGACACGCUGAGACUCACUUGCCCACCUGAUUAUACCCUUACUCUUCGGAGAUCUCCAGAUGACAUUCCACUUAUGACACCCAACACCAUAACCAUGAUUCCAAAUACAUUAACAGGUAUGCAGCCUUUGCAUACUUUCAACACUUUCAGCGGAGGACAAAACAGUACUAAUUUGCCCCAUGGACAUUCCACCACUAGGGUAUAGCUCUGUUAUUUGCCCCACCCUUGCCAACUGGAAGAUUAAAAAUAAGGGGGGAAAAGAGAAAAUUUUAAAAAAAUUAAAAGUUCAUAAUUUCCAUCAUGCAACUUGUCAAAAUACAAAGGUGAAAGAGAAAGGCAGACAUAAUUUUCUUACAGCUCCUUUCCAUAGGAACUCUGAUAUUCUAAAAAGAUCACCUUCUCAAACCCUGUGAAAUGUGAAAUGUGUACAUUACUAUCAGGAUACCGCUUUAAUAUCUCAACCACUCUGAUUGAAAGUUAAGAGUUGAGGCCUGAAGAAAGUCAUGUAGAAAAGGAUAUGUAUUGAAUAUAACAAACAGAAGCAAAAACUUCUGGAACACAGAGCCAGUGACUGUACAGUUUUUUAAUAAAUAAAAUUUUAAAAAAUGUUCUAUAUGUGCCAUACCGUGAAUGGCCCUUGUUAUACAAAAGACAUCACCAUGGGCUUUUACCCAUCAUAAGAAGCUGUAAUCCAGAAUGGGGAAAUAAGAUUUUAUUAUUAAGAAAAAUAGGACUGACUAUGCAGUAAAUCCGUAUAGUUCUGUGCAAAGAGAUGACUUGCCAGCCUGAACUAUAUUUAAGAAACUUUGUAAAAACAAAACAAAAAAUGUAUAUAGCUGUGAGUUUAAAAAAGAAGCUUUUAUUGAUGUUUUCAGUUUGAAAAGAGCUUUUAGAAAGAUUGUGCUUUCAGUUGUGAUCUAUGUGUAUAAACAUUAGUCAUGCCACCUCUGUUUCCUCCCAGACCAAAAGGAGGACUUUCUUCUUAAUUACUAGUGGUAAACCAAGACAUGAGGGUUUGUUCCUAAAGUUUCAUUUCUAGAAGACAUGGUGUCUCAUACAGAGGAGACAGGUGACUGUGUGGCCUGCCAGAUUUUCCUUUACAGGUUACACAUGUGCAUGAUAAGGCAUUCAUAGACAGGAAACAGUUGGGUUUGUUUUACUGUAGAAAAAGAACAUCUUUUUUCUUUUCUUUCCAAUUUUUGUGUUAGCCUUCAUUUUAUUGCAACACAGAGACGGAAUGGAAGAAUUACAAACAAAAAAGGCUUGGUAAAUUGGGGCCUCUUUUGUCAUUCUUGGUAUCUGAUGUUCCUUGAAACAUUGCUUCCCAAUUGUUGCACACCAUGAUCAUCUUAAGAAAGACUGCCUUUUCUGCUAGUCUUUCUUCUGUGGAAAAUGCAUUGCUGCCAAUACCAGCAAGAAGAAGACUGAAGAGAGGAAGCACACAAGUUGGCCAAGAUGUCAAGGCAUAGUUAUAUUUACUGUGGUUUCAAUAAAGGAAAGGGGGCAAAAUCUAGAUGGACCUAAGAUUUCUUCCCAGUAUUUCUAAAUCCAAUAUUUUGCAGGUCAGUUUUACUGUACCACAGAAAGGAUGGAUGCCAUGGGGAACUGGGGGGAGGGACAUAUCAAACAUUCAAUAGACAAGUUGCCUUGAAGAAACUGGAUCAUUUCACUAUUCAAAACUGGCCCAUAUAUUUUUGUUUCCCUUAAUUUCCCAUCCCAUGGGACUUCGGGAUGAAAUGGAUCUGGCCCAAAAAAGAUGUUUGGCACAUCUAUGUAAAGUUUUAAAACAGUCAAGCUGUUAUAAAGGUAGAACUGAGUUAUUACUAAGUAAAGAAUGGUUUAUAUUUUGUUGUUAGAAAAACUAAAGUUUAAGAUGGUAACCAAAGAUACUUGAAUGGAGUUGCUCUGCACAAGAUCACAUCUUUCCCAGGAUAUAUAUUGUAUUUUUAUUCCCCUGUAUUAAGAAGGGCAAAACACUGCUGUAUUAUCAUCUCCAGAGAUUAAUAUCUGACAUCAAAUGCCUUCUGCCUGUAGAAUAGACAGCUUGUGAUAUUCUAAGUUAUAGGUACCUUCACAUAUCACUGGUUGUGUGAUACACAUAGCUUUGUGCUGACUCUGGCAGAGAAAGCAGGUCCAUGACAAAAGCAAAAGCACCAUUAAAAAUUCCAAUGGUGAUUCAUACUGCAUUAGAAAGUGAAAUAAAUGUGCUUCCCUUUUGAUUCCAUGUGAGAAUUUAAAUAAGCUAACAGAUCCAAUUUUCACCCAAUAGUAAAUGGUGGGAGGAGAGAGCCUUCCUCUCUCUGUUCACUUUAGCUGUAAUUGCAAUUCAAGUUGGAUCUAUUCUGUGCCAUCAUCACAACCAGCAUAUUGCCUCCACUAAGACACAGCAAUUCUUCAUGAACUGGGGGGAGAGGAGAGGGGGGAGAAAAGAAAAGAAAAAUGAUGGCAUCCAAAUCAGUUGGGUAAGUCUGUUAUGUGAAUUACGGUAUUUGUUUAGUACUUCCAGUUGUCUACUGCUAGCAAUAUGUACAGUACUGUGUCAGGCUUGUGACAUUUGGGUAAAACCGUUUCUGUAAGUGAAUGAUUUUAGCUUUUAAAAAAAAAUAAUGACGAUGAUGUCACUUUAAUAAUUUACAUCUGGACAGAUGUAUGAUUUAUAAAUGGAAUUUUUAGGCUCUUCAUAGGAUUCUAUAAUAAUAACAACGAAAUAUACUUUAAAGAAAAGAAAAAAAAGAACUUUCCCAGACUUUUCUUCUUGACCUUAAGAGGCACGCAGGGUUUCUUUUGUUAUUGUUUCUGCAUUUUCUUUUCUUUUUUGGUUUUGCCUUAAGUAAGGACAGAAGAUAUAUAUGGCUGGACACAUAUGUAUAAACUUUUCAGCAGCAUUUUUAAUAAUAAAAUAUCACAGUAUUUUCUAA